AUGGAGAUGGAAGAGAUAUCUGAGAAGGUAAACGGAUUGGUGGAGCAGGUGGCUCGUCUGACGGCCGAACUCGAAAAACUGAGAGUGGAAAGAGAGGGUGGGCAAAAGGGAGUGCCAACAAUGCCGAAGCAAGACAGGGGAGAUCGGAAGGACAAACAAGAUGAUAGCGACAUCCACGAGGAUGUAGCAACUCACUUGACGCUUUUGGCAAAGAGACGGGCGAUGGCCCAUUUCGUACUUGAUCUAGAACUGUUGGUUUAUGAAGAUAACCCAGACGAGAUGAGAAUUCCUGUAGAUAGGCGUCUUAAUCAGACAAAAGUUGAUUUCGUCAGAGAGCGCUUUUUGGAACGGUUUGAAGUGCCCGACCGUGCGAACGAACUAAUGUGGAAGUCUAUGAAAGAAGUUCUGAAUCGACGUGUAUACAGGAAGAGAAUGGCACUCAAGAAAAAGGCUGCUGAGCAGAAGGAGAAGGCAGAAGAACAGGGAAAGUCCGACGAAGAGGAAAAGGUGUAUUAA